AUGACAAUAUGCCGUGCAGAAUCCACCAAGUUCGCGAUGGUCCUCAUAGCGGAGAGGGUCGUGAAGAACAUCGAUGAUGAUAAAUUUCGACCGAGCGCGGUGGCAAAAUCGUCCGAUAAACUCGCGAAUUUCGAUGUGCGUUUGAAUCUCCGGGCUGCACGACUUAUGAACGCGUACCCAUCUAUCGUAGAGGUUGAAAUAAAUAAUAAUAAAGAGGUUUUGUAA